AUGCCAGGAGAUGCUGUUCGAAUAGUCGAAGUCGGGCCUCGGGAUGGGUUGCAGAACAUCAAAGAUGUAGUACCGACGGCGACAAAGAUUGAUCUUAUCAACAGACUUGCUCAGACCGGGCUACAGACGAUCGAGGCCACAUCAUUCGUGUCACCAAAAUGGGUUCCUCAAUUGUCGGAUGCAAAGACUGUGAUGGAGAACAUGAAGUUGUCGGUUGAAAAGGGCGACAUCUCAUUUCCGGUGCUAAUUCCGAACAUAAAAGGAUUGGAAGCAGCAUUAGCGCUCGAUGUCAAAGAGAUCGGUAUCUUCCUUUCGGCUACUGAAGGGUUCAGCCGCAACAACAUCAAUUGCAGCGUAGAGGAAUCGCUUAUCCGAGCCCAAGCUGUCGUCAAGCGAGCACGAGACCAAAAUGUUCGAGUGAGNGGGAUGGCAAAGAAGAUGCUGGAAAUGGGUUGCUUCGAGAUCAGCUUGGGAGACACGACUGGAACAGCAACCCCGGAAGACAUUCAUAGACUCCUCGAGACUCUGCUAGAAGAGAUACCAGCAAGCAGACUCGCCGGACACUUCCAUGACUCAUUCGGUCAAGCGAUCGCCAACGUGAAAGAAGCCUAUCGGAUGGGUAUCAGAGCGUUUGACAGCAGUGUGGGCGGUUUGGGAGGAUGCCCAUACAGUCCUGGAGCGAAAGGAAAUGUCGCAACAGAGGACGUUGUAUGUCUCUUCGAGAGCAUGGGUAUCGAUACAGGCGUGGAUCUGGCCAAACUCGCUAACAUUGGAGACUGGAUAAGUCAGCAGCUUCGUGUUCCUAACGGCAGUCAGAUUGGCUCGGCUCUGGUAGCCAGCAACAAACGAGCCCUGGAGGUGAAGAAUGUCCAUCAACAACCAUCUACCAUCCCAUCAGAAUGGCCGCACCUAUCGCAUCUGAUAUGCUGA